AUGCCCCCUCCAAAUCUGCCAACCCUUCGCUGGGGGGUUAUUGCAACGGGAAUGAUCUCUUCGUGGUUUGUUAAAGACUUGGUUCUCGAUCGGCCUGAUGCAAAGGCACAUCAUACUAUUGAAGCUAUUGGUUCAUCGUCUCAGGAAAAGGGUCAGACCUUCGCUCAAGAAUAUUGUCCCCACGAAUCAACCACAAUUUACGGCAGCUAUGAAGAAGUCUAUACCGAUCCCUCUGUUGAUAUAGUCUAUAUCGGGACGCCACAUGCCUUCCACCUGCGCAAUUGUCUCGACGCUAUAGCGCACGGAAAGCACGUGUUGUGCGAGAAGGCUUUCACACUCAAUGCGUCCCAGGCACGCGAAGUUUUUGCAGCUGCGAAAGACCGAGGUGUCUUUGUCAUGGAAGCCAUGUGGAUACGCUUUCAUCCGCUCACGCGCGCUCUGCAAGUGAAGAUCCACGAGGAUAAUGUAAUCGGUCGCGUCCAACGCGUGUUUUGUGACUUUUCCCUCGACAUGGAUAUCGAUUCUCUGCCAGAUGAUUCUAGGCUGAAGAAUCCAGCUCUUGGUGCGGGCUCGUUACUCGACAUAGGAAUAUAUUCUCUGACCUGGGCUCUCCUGGCGGCGGACCCGAAUGUUGGAGGUAAAGCUCAUGUGCCGGGUAUACUUGCGUCGCAGAAAUUAUCCAACGGUGCCGACGUUGCGACUGCAGCGAUCCUUGGCUACCCCAGUGGGAUCCAAGCUAUUGUUACAUCGUCAUUGUCUUUUGCAACUGCUCCCCAGUUCUGUCGCAUAGAAGGAACGGAAGGCUUCAUUAUUGUUCAAGGACCGGGUACUUCAGCCCCAGAGAGGUUUACUGUUCACUUAAAAACUCCGAGUGGAGAUACCGCAGCUGAGGGUAUAACUUUCAGCUUCAACAAGCCCGGUAUGGGCUUUUACUGGGAGGCGGAUGCUGUGGCAGUUGAUAUUUCGGAAGGCAGAAUUGAGAAUGAUAUUAUGCCCUGGGCAGAGACUAUACGGGUCUUAGAAAUUCUAGACGAAAUUCGGCGCCAAGGAGGAGCUAGAUAUGACUGUGACUAG